UAUUUGUAGAUAUUUUUACUAAUAUCAAUUCUAUUUCAGGAUGAAAGUUUUGAGGAUCCUUUGCCCAAUGUAGAGGCUAUACCUCCAGUUUCAAACUUCUAUCUGCCUCCCGUAUCUGACCUCCGACAAGCCCUUGGUAACAAGGAUAGGAGUGAACGGAGGAUUCAGCAGAAGAAGACUGAAAAGCUUGAGGCCAGAAAGGUUGAGGAAAAUGAUGCUGAAAGUCAAAAAUUACUAGAGGAUCUCCUAGAGUCUGCCCUUGACACAGUUAAAAAAGACCCUGAGGGUGCAAGUAGGUUCGGACAGAAGAUUGUGACAGAAUCUAGUUCUGAGGCUGACCUGGGUCUGGAAGAUAUUCUACCAGAUGUGUUUAAGUUUCCGAAUGAGGCUGCACGGGAUGGAAAAUUCCGCUGGAAGCUACCCAAGGGCGAUAACACUCCACAUAUUUCAGAUGAUGUUGAAAUUUUUGAUCAUAAUAGGUUUCCAAAGGAAUUCCAGAACAUUUUUGGAGCAAUUAAACAAGAAACAAAACCCAACAUUAAGCUUGCAAAAGUAGGGCCUGGGGUAGAGUUAGAGGGGCAUAAACCUAUUGCUCAUGUGAUCAAACAUGGAAAUCAGGAAGAUGGUGUCUCACGAACCGUUGUUAUUCAAAACAUACCUGAAGCUCAUAAAGCUUUUGGAAUAAAAAAUGUGCCAAAACAAUUCUUUAAACACAUGGAAAAGGUCAUUAAAAGCGGUGCUAUUCCAUUCUCUGCCAAACCAAAGAUUGAAUCGGCUUUAUCAAAGAAGCAACAUGAAGAUAAGGCAUUUGAAAAGGGAACACUAAGAGGGGAAGCUACAUUUGAUUUAAAUGAAACUUCUGAAGACAGAGAAUAUUUAGAAGAUGAAUUUGAAGAUUAUAAAGAUGAAUAUGACUCUAAUAGUUCAGAUUACUAUGAAGCUGAAGAAAAUCUUGAAAUUGUUCCUAAGUUCUCAAUCCCUACGCCAAGAACUAUUAUAAUUAAGAACACAGCUGAAGAUUUUGCUAGGUUUGGCGUGACAAACCUUCCUAAAGACCUUCUUCCUCUCCUACAGGAGAAGACUAGGGAUGCCAAGGGUGUAAAUGUUGAGAUUGAUCCUUCUGGCAUUACCAAGGGAGAAAACAAUGGUGUGUUUUUCAACCCACACAGGACAAAUGACAUCCAGUCUACAGAAGCACCUGGAACAGAGACUAAACCCUCUUUUUCCUCCUACACACUGUCAGACAAGACAGUAAGCCCUGCUGAGAGUCCUGAUGCAGGUUCAGUAAACCUUCCAUCCAUCUUUAUACAGAUUGAGACUCCUCUGCAGUUUAAAAGUGAGAACAAUAUUGCUCCUCCGUCUGAAUAUUCGCGUUCAAGUGCACAUGACACUAUCAUAGACAAUACCAAUCAAUUCCAGGCAAAGCUAAGCGUUAAAUCAACAUUGGAGAGUGAAUUAGAAGAUAAUAAUGGUUCAGAUCAAUCUUCAUCCAUCACUAGAAUAGGAUUAGAGAAUGUACCAUUGGAAGGAACAUUUGGGAUUAGUAGUGCUAGGCUUACUCUUCCUCUAACUUCAUCUUCAGAAAACUUGUCUCCAUCAGAACUAUCUUCUUCAACUUCUUCGGAAUACUCCUCUCCCCCCUCUUCAUUUCCUUCAGCAGCAUCUUCUUUAUCAUCUUCCCUACCAGACCCAUCAUCAUCCAAAGCUUCUGACUACUCAUCACCAUUAGCAGUUCCUAUCUCAUCAUCUGUUUCAAACAAUAAUUCUCCUUCCUCCUCCUCCUCCUCAUCUUUUGGGUCCUCUGACUUCUCAUCUGUCUUAGAAGUUUCAAGCACAUCCUCUGGUAUCCCGAUCUCCUCUGAUUACUCCAGCUCCUCUGGAGUUUUAUCAACAUCAGACUCCGUUGUUUCAUUAUCAUCGUCAUCAGACCACUCAUCUCCCAUUGGAAAUACAAGUGCAUCUAUUUUUUCGUCAUCUUCUUCCUCUCCUUUGGUCUUCUCUUCACCCUCAUCUUCCACUACAGUUUCAUCAUCCUUACCAUCAUCAUCCGAAUAUGGUGCACCAUCAGAUGGAUCAACUCCUUCUCCUUCCUCUUCUGAUUACUCAUCUCCUAUUGGAUCCCCCCUCUCCUCCUCCUUUCAUUCCUCCUCCUCCUCCUCUUCUAUUUCAUCUUCUGACUACUCAUCUCCUAUAGAAAAUCCCAACUCCUUCUCCUCCUCCUCCUCUUCUGAUUAUUCAUCCCCACUUGGAACACCCCUUACCUCUUCCAGUUACUCAGGUUCCUCAGGAGUGUCAGCAUCUUCAUCCUCCUCCCUACCUGUAUUUUCAUCAUUCAGUUCUCAACCGUCAUCUGCUCCCUCUAUCUCCUCUCAAUCUUCCUACUCCUCCCCUGCCUUUCUUUCUAAACCUACUCCUGGUUCUAUCGUCAAGUCUAACCCCGGGAGCCGGGCUCCAUCUUCAUCCAUCAACUACUCCGCCCGACCUAACCCUCCUAAACAAUCAAACCAAAACCAAGACGUAUCACCUCAAAAUAUCCCACAAUUCAUUUUAUCCACGCAGCCCGCUGGGAAUCUGAAAUCCGUCCCGGAAAUAUUGAAACCCAACAAAGACCAAGAGUAUGAGCGACCAAGUUCUCCGCAGACCUCAGGUGGAUUUAAACCCCCAAACAUUAUUUACAAUCAGUUUAAACCUACUCAGGAUGCAAGGAAAGCCCAGGAUAACCAAUAUAUCCUGACAAACCGUCCUAUGACGUUUCAAACUGCAAGUGGAAAUUUUCUCCCACCCAGCACACUUCUCUACGGGUUUAAACCUAUCACUGAACCAGGAUUUAUAAACCGUCCAACCAAUCCUCCCAGAUCUAACUUUGAAUCUGCUAAAUACUUAGGAAAACCCAAAUCUUCAAUUAAUAACUCCGGGUAUAGUUCUAACCUUCUCCAAGCAUCCAAUCUCCAGGAGAAACCUAGAUAUAAGAAAUCCUCCUCAAACUCCAGGGAUAACUCCAGUUCGUCAGUUAUUGACCAAAUUUCACAAUUUCUGGAAUCAUUAUUUAACUAGUUGUAUAUAUUCUUAGAAUAGUCCCCCCCCCUCCCACCCCCCAGGCCCUGUGAUAUUUGAUAUUAUACUAGUCAAGAAUCAGUCUGAAAUCCAAUAUAACUGUUACACUCGUCAAACCUAGAAAAAAGUGCACAAAAUGUAAACUGUUUUAAAGCAGACCAAUGUGGACUGAAUUGUAAUCUGGCAUUUUUAAUUUUUACAUUUUUUUCGGCCAUCUUAAAUUAGUUACGUUUAUUGUUUAUUAAACAUGGUGGAACUAAAAUCUCCCAAUUUUCCUUUAAAAACUCUAGUCGUACAUUUCCCGUAGCUAGUCAUAUUCGCGCAUUUUUCUGUUUAUCUUUUUUCCGGACUCUCUCCUGUACAUAAGUAAUUUGUAAACAAAGACGGUACAAUUAAAUCUAAGAAAUUAAAUCAAAAUUAAAUUAUUUAUUAAAGCAAUGUUUUUUUUCUAUAAUAUUAAAGAAAUGUUGAGUUUACAUUUUUUGCUCAAUGAUGUUUAAAACGAUUUUAUCGUUUCAUAUGAUAUCUUUAUUCUAUCUGCAUGUCUGUAUUUAUGUAUCAGUGCGUAUAAUGUACAUAACUAACUUACGUACGUUGUGCAGGGUGACCCCAAAAUCUAAGAUUUUAAAUAAUAGCUUUUGUUAGAAAACAUUUUAAAUUCUUAAAUUAAUUUUAAUAAAGUUCUCUCCUCAAUUAGUUAGUAGGUACCCUGUGUUUACUGUAUAACUUCCUAAGUAUAAUUAAAAGUUAAUUAUGUUGUAUAGCAUUUAAAUAAAAUA